AGUGUCGUGUGAGCUGAUUAAGACGCUCAGCUGACGUCUUUGAAGGCACAUUCUGUGACUCCUCAACAUAUCCUCGCCUGAGACAACAACCCAGACCCUGAUCAGGACCAGGACCAAAUGGCUGCUUCUCAGGGACAGUUGUCCUUCAGAGAUGUGGCCAUAGAUUUCUCUCAGGAGGAGUGGGAAUGCCUGGAUCCAGUUCAACAGAAAUUGUACCUGGAUGUGAUGUUAGAGAACUACAGCAACCUGGUCUCCCUGGCUACCUUAUCUGAAGACAAACAGGCCAUGCUACAAAAGGCAGAAAUGGAAGAUUUAUUCCCUAAAAUAAUACUGAGAGAGCAUACUGGAAAGAAGCGUUAUAAAUGUGGAGAAUGUGGCAAAGGAUUCAGUAAUACCUCAAGUUUUAAUCGCCAUCAGAGAGUUCAUACUGGAGAAAAGCCCCAUAAAUGUAGAGAAUGUGGCAAAGCCUUCCGUACCGCAACAAACCUUACUUGUCAUCAGAGAGUUCAUACUGGAGAGAAGCCCUACAAAUGUAGAGAAUGUGGCAAAGCCUUUAGCAGGUCCUCAUCUCUUACUUAUCAUCAGAGAGUUCAUACUGGAGAGAAGCCUUUUAAAUGUGCUGAUUGUGGCAAAACUUUCCGUGUAGCAUCAGACCUUACUUAUCAUCAGAAAGUUCAUACUGUAGACAAUCCUUAUAAAUGUGAAGAAUGUGGCAAAGCCUUCCGUGGGCAAACAGACCUUACUUACCAUCAGAGAAUUCACACUGGAGAGAAGCCUUAUAAAUGUGAAGAAUGUGGCAAAGCCUUCCGUGGACAAACAAACCUUACUUAUCAUCAGAGAGUUCACACUGGAGAGAAGCCCUACAAAUGUAGAGAAUGUGGCAAAGCCUUUAGCAAGUCCUCAACCCUUACAUAUCAUCAGAGGGUUCAUACUGGAGAGAAACCUUACAAAUGUGGCAAAUGUGGCAAAGCCUUUAGCAGGUCCUCAUCUCUUACUUCUCAUCAGAGACUUCAUACUGGAGAGAAGCCUUUUAAAUGUGCAGAUUGUGGCAAAACUUUCCGUGUAGCAUCAUCCCUUACUUAUCAUCAGAAAGUUCAUACUGGACAGAAGCCUUAUAAAUGUAAAGACUGUGGCAAAGCCUUCAGUGGGCCAACAAACCUUACUUAUCAUCUGAGAGUUCAUACUGGAGAGAAGCCCUACAAAUGUAGAGAAUGUGGCAAAGCCUUCAGUGUGCCAAGAAAUCUUACUUAUCAUCAGAGAGUUCAUACUGGAGAGAAGCCCUACAAAUGUAGAGAAUGUGGCAAAGCCUUUAGCAGGUCCUCAACCCUUAUAUCAUCAGAGAGUUCAUACUGGAGAGAAACCUUAUAAAUGUGGCCAAUGUGGCAAAGCCUUCAGGAGGUCCUCAAGGUAUAGAGUUCAUCAGAGUAUUCAUAGUGUUGGGAAGCCUUAUAAAUGUAAAGAAUGUGGCAAAGCUUUCAGGGGGGCAACAAA